UCUAUGUCCUUCCCGCUACGGUUGAGGGGCUUUGGCUACCUCCUCCACAGCAAAAAGAGCCUUGGGCCUCAAACAUAUCCCGAGACACUGAUUAAAUGUGACGUUUCCUAUCCGUCACCAUCCUAUUUAAAGUACUAACCUUGCAAAAUUUAAGCUAUCCUGUUCUUAUGACGUUAUAGUUUGUCUUCUUUACGGAUUCAUUUCCUUGCGCGCCAUGUGCUUACAUCCUCCUCAAGCCCCACCCAGAACAGCGCUUCCUAAACUUAGCUGCAGCCUACAUCAUUGCAAAUCAUUAAGCAAGCCUUGUCUGAAUAUGAUGAACGGGUUCCUGCAGAGAACAAGAGCAGUCAGUCCUGACCUGGAUCCUUACAUCAUAUCCACUCCUGAGCCUCAGUCUCUUCGUCUUUAUUAUUUGUUUUUUAACGAGUCCUUGUCAUUUGGAACUGUUCUAUUUAUCCCCUCCUUCUACCUUUCUCUCAUUGAAUGCCAGUGUCCCUUCACAAUCAUUGGGGCAGUUGGAAAAGACCCCAUACGUAGGCACAUUCUUCCCCAGGAUGUAGUUCCUGACGCUCCAACCCAGGACCAUUGGGAACCCAUCUGGGGAAGAAGAAAAUCUGGAUUCAAGAGAAGAAUUGUCCAAGACAUACCAGAGCCAGCCAAGACUUUUGUGUUUGGUCAUUUCCUCUGCCAGCCACCAAAGAUGCCCUUGAAAGAGGAAGCUACAGAUUGCCCCACCAAGACAAAAAGGAGAAAGAAGGAAGAGGUGGGCCUGGGAACAGGGGAGGGUGACGUGACCUUGUGGAUGACGAAGAAAGGGAUCAGGGACUGGAUUCUUAUUGACCUUCUAGCUGUGCGGUCGAUUCCUCUGCACCUCCGUUCCCUCGCCUGAACAACGAGGGCACAGUAAAAGAGAGGGGAAGGAAGAAGGAGAGGAAGAGAAACAUCCACGUGUGGUUGCCUCUCAUGCA